AUGGAGGACAGAACAGCAGUUAGUAUGAUCCCCAAAGAAGAUAAGACGUUCGGUUCUGGGCUCACACUCCUCGGGGUCGAUCGACCGCACAAUCAACUCAAUGCCCCCGAGGCAAUACCAAACGUCACAAAAUAUGGGGGGAGUGAAGCCCCGACGGGUUUGGAGAUGUACCAGGCCGAGGUUACAGAAAAACGGACCAUAGCAGAAAGCUACUGUGCGAUCUCGACGUUGGACGAUGCCUCGUCGUACCCAGAGGUCGUCAGCGGUCCCUGGCCCAUCCCAACUUAUUACACACCGUCCGUUUCGGCCGAGGAGAACAAGCAGCCAGAGCUAGAAAACCAGUCGCCACUGAAGCUGCCGUGGUGGCAGAGGAGGAGAUGCAUAAUUGUUGCUGCUGCUACCGUGGCUGUUUUCAUCGUCAUCGCUACAGCCGUUGGCGUCGGCGUCGGUGUCCAUGCCUCUCGAAGCCAACCUAAUUCUGAUUCUCGACCCCUAAACCCAAAUAAUGAAGACCAGGGGGCAGUUAAACCCGAGAUACCAACAGGCAAGAGCAUUUGCGUCAACGCACCAUGCCUCGAGGCCCUCGCCGCCGUGGUCGACGCGCCCGAUGAGCAUCUCGAGCAGGCCACAGUGCAUCUUUUCGCCCGCCGCCGGGCAGAUGGCAUGCUGAUGCAAACUUCGUCCAGUUCAUCUGGUGUAUACCACGGUGAAAACUGGACGAACCGCGGCGGUCCCAUCGCCGGCCCCGGCCCCUCAGCCAUUAUUUGGCAGGCGCCCAAGUACCCCACCGAAGUGCAGGGCGGCGGCGCCGUCGUGACGGUCCUGGGCAUCUCCGAAUCUGCCGCUUCGUCUGGCGACAUCUUCCUCCGACACAUCGGGCAAGGCGGCGCCGGCACAGUAGGCGUGCCCAUUCCAUUCAAGUCCCGAAUCGAAAUGCUCGGGGCGCCGGCGGCCUGUGCCAUCCAACAGGAGCAGCGGUUUGACUUUUGGCUGCAGGCGCGCAACGGGUCCGACGCCAACGGGUCCGCGACGCUAUACCACCAGCUCUCUGCCAACGGGGUCUGGUUCUACGACGGCAGGUGGGAAACCGACGUGGUGCUGCAGCCAUCACCCAGUAGGCCGGCAGUGAUGGCGUCGCGGCCGGGCGUGCUGUGCCGCAACGGACGCUGGAAAGCCUGGGAGCAGCACCUGGUUGUAUACGACGGCGACGGCGCCGCGUGGUACCGCGAGUGGAGGCAGGAGCCCGGUCCCCCGCAAUGGGGUCCCUGGCUAAACCUCGGGGGCAAAUACGCCAGAGGCACGUAUCCGGUCCUCGUUGAGACCAACGCCGCGAGGUUCGACUUUUUUGGGCUCGGCAGCGACGAGCAAAUGUAUUCCAUGACGUGGACUUCGGCUCUGGGGUUCGGCACUAAGAGUAGCCUUGGCGGGGGAACGUUUGCCAGCGUGCCUGCCGUCGCUGUGAGCGUAGGGCCUGAGCGGAUCGACCUGGUUGCGGUAAGCAAGGAGGAUGGGAGGUUGAAGCAUAAAGCCAUCGGAAUCGGAGCUUCCUUGGAUGAGCAGUGGGAAGACCUUGGGUUCGCAUCUAACAGCGCCCCAACACUAGCAAAAGUGGGCGCCGCAAACUUUGAUAUUUUUACCACUGCCGUCGACGGGUCGAUAUGGUAUGCACCAGCGCGCAUCUCGGAGAGGACCAAGAGCAGCUGGGGCGACUUGAGCUGGGCGCCUAUCAAGGGGCUGUAG